AUGCCGGUGGGAGGAGGGGGCAUGCUGACAGGAGUGGCAAUGGUUAUCAAGUCCCUCUGUCCCGAGGUGCGUGUGUACGGAGCGGAACCGGAGGUUGCAAACCAAGCGGCACGGUCUCUCCAGAGCGGUUCCCGGUUCGUCUUCCCACAGUACCCGCGGAGCAUAGCUGACGGAGUCAUCGUCGGUAUCGGGGAAGUGACGUGGCCGUACAUCAAGGACAAUGUGGACGACAUCUUCACUGUUUCAGAGGAUGAGAUAAAGAAUGCCGUGCGCCUGGUGUGGGAGAGGAUGAAGCUUGUGGUGGAGCCGUCAGGUGCAGUGGGCGUGGCCGCCGUUUUGAGUGACAGCUUCAAGGCACGAGCGGGAGGGUGCGGGAACGUCGCCGUCAUCCUGUCAGGCGGGAACGUGGAUCUACAGAAAAUACCCGAUCUGCGGAAUUGA